GGUAGUAGUGAAAAUGAAAAAGGAAAUCAAGAAUCUGAUGAUUUUUAUGAUUCUGAUGUAUGUUCUUUUAAUGAGGAAGUACCUGAGACUUUGGAAGAGAUUACAAAAAAUAUAAGAAAGUUGAAAGCGAAGCUAUCGAAAAAUUCAUCGGUGCUAUAUCAAGCAUUACAUGGUGGUGUGAAGGCGAUAAAUGUUUUGGGAUUAUCACAGAAGGAUCCUCUAGCCAGCCAGGUCAUUAGUGACGAUUCAAAGCUGAAACUAGCAUGGAAAAUGGUAACUGAGUUUCUUCCACCAUUAGUAGAAAGUAAAUGUAAUGAAUUCGUGGCCAGUUUCAUUGAGAAUAGAGUGGUAGAUUUGCCACAAAUGCUUUCGCACAAUGGGAUGUGGAAGGAAACUGAUGAAGAACUUGCCAAUGUUGCAAUGAAAAUCCUGGAUACUUUGAACGACUCUUGGAACAAUCCAGCGUUCAGUCAUGAGUUUGCUGGAUCUCAAAGUGAGGGUACCUACAUGACUAAUGUAAUAGUACCUGCUAUUUGUGCUGCACUGAAUAAUCUCCCGCUAAGGAAGUCUACAUUUGUCAGCAUUUCUGAAUGCCAAAGUGUUGCAAGCGCAAAUAGGAGAGGCGAAGGGAAAUCAGGAAGACAACCUGACAUUAUGUUUGUAGAGAAACAUAUUGGAAAAUAUUACAAGCUCAUGUAUACAGAAUGUUCGCAUUUAUUUUGCACAAUUAAAAAAGAGAAUGAUGAUAUUGUGAAGUUGUGGCGGGAAACAAAUGAUGGGAUGUAUUGGGUUCGUAAAAACAUUAGGCCUAAUAAGAACAAAUUUGGGAUUGUUGGAAUACAAGUAUCUGGGCGUAGGAUGCAACUUAAUGCUCUUGUUCGAGAUAUGGAUAAUGUAGAUAGAUAUUUUCAUUUAUGUGAAUGUGAAAUUCCUGUGCAACAAUCGGAUCCUACAGUUGUGGCAAGAUUU